UGUCUCUAGUAUUUAGAGUACUUUUAGGGUAGUACACAUUGUGCUGUCUGCUCUGCUUUGGUAGUAAAUGAUGUGUUUCUGUUUAUAGUUUAAUUGUUUAUUCCUUGUUUUGAGUCUCUGAUGCAGAUCGUUCAGGGCCAUUGAUCCAGGCUGUUUUUUGCUCUGUUCCUGUGGUUUCACUCGGCAGCGCUACAGGAGGGAUGCCAAGCAGUGCUGCUCCACUGCUGGAUGCUGGGGUGGCCCUGAGGAAAGGGGCGUUAGGAAAUCCUUUCCCGAGUCUAGCUGAAGCUCAAGUGAUCUUUUGCCAGUGGAGUUGCCAUGGCACUUGUGUCACUUAGCAAGUUCACUAACUUUUCUUGGGUUCACCUUAGUUUCUGCUCUCUACGAGACUGCCAGCAAGCAUUUAAUUCCCGCAGUCUUUACUCAUGUUGCAUCUUCCUGUCGCAAAGCAGUUUGUCAGAUGGCUGUCUAGUGAACGAGAGCGACUUCCAGUGAUGGUCAGCUAUUGGGGCAAUCAGAAGUAGAAGAGGGCUGUAACCUAACAUUUUGAAGCUGGAUGGAACUAGCAACUUGAAUUUAUUCUUUUUGUCCUGGCACAUGUCAGAUCAGCUCUGAUAGCAUUCUUUGCAUUCUAGUGAUACCAGGAAGGGUCAUGAAUCUUUAGUCUCAUGGUAGGUUUUUACCUGUAAACACUUCUGCGUACUUCUACCUGCAUCUGCUUUUAUUCCUGUAAAACCGACAGCUGGCUCUUUUGCUUUGUAGUCAGUUAUAUUCUUUUGUAGUCCAGUUCAUCUGCAUUUGUCUCAUUCCUUCUCCCUCUCUCUCUGUUUUGGAUAGUGGAAUAAUCUAAUAAACUUGUUAAACGGAAGAUUAACCAGGUGCAUAUUCCUGUCUUAAUGAAUACAGCAUGGGAGAGAAAGGCAGAAGUGUCUCAUCAGGACAUGAGUAGAAGUGCAAUGUGGUUGCCAGUUUCGGCGGUGUUUGGCAGUGGUGGUAGCCGUGGCCCUGUACUGGCUCAGUGUUUCUGGCUCAAACUCGGUGCAAAGGUUGCCUGUGUUUCUGGCUUGGUUCUGCCUGUGCCUUUGGUUGGAGUGGGGUCUAUGUGGUUGUCUGGAGUGUGGCUUAAUGCCUUGUCUACUUUGGGAAGAUUUUGAGCUGUUGGACAGGUGGGACUGAGAGCAGGGUUGGCAGGAAGUUGGCUUUGGGCUCUCGUAUGAUGUUGUUAACACAAGGACUCUGGCUAUUUUUUGGCUUCUCCUCGUUCAAUCCAGGUACAUCAACCUCCAAGAAAGGGAGAAGUCUAAAGGCAGCAUCCUCCCCAGCAAGUUUUGUUUUAGGCGUUUGUCCGUCUUAUGUCCGCUCUGGAAGUGGUGCCUGUGAAGAAUGACGUCAAGAGGUGCUGGGACUACUUUCUCGAGGAAGAACUACAGGCUGAGCACUGAGCCAGAGAAGUCCAAGGUCACAGGGAUUGUGAACAGCAGGCUGCUGAAUGAUUAUCUGCAUCGCGUCUUUACCAAUGCUGAUGGGAACCAGCCUGCAGCUGCUUACAGAAAGCACCUGACGUUCCAGAACCUGCAGGAGCACCUUGAUCGAUUGCUAGCAGAGGAGAAUGGCUCCGAAGACAGUCGAGAUCAGGUAGUAGAGGGCCGGCUUGGUCCCUCUACUGUGGUGUUGGACCACACAAGUGGUUUUGAGGGACUCCUGCUGGUCGAUGAUGACUUACUUGGGGUGAUUGGCCACAGUAACUUUGGCUCCAUCAGGGCCACAACAUGUGUGUAUAAAGGGAAGUGGAUUUACGAGGUGCUCAUCUCCUCCCAAGGACUCAUGCAGAUUGGCUGGUGUACUCUCAACUGCAGAUUUAAUCAGGAGGAAGGAGUUGGAGAUACACCAGAUUCAUAUGCAUAUGAUGGAAACAGAGUGCGCAAGUGGAACGUGACUACUACCAACUAUGGCAAAUCUUGGGCAGCAGGAGACAUCGUCAGCUGUCUGAUAGACCUUGAUGAGGGCACCAUUGCUUUCUGCUUGAACGGCAUAUCUCUGGGAACCGCUUUUGAUAACAUCACAAGGGGUGCUGGAAUGGCUUACUUCCCUGCCAUCAGCCUCUCAUUCAAGGAGUCUGUUGCUUUUAACUUUGGAAGCCGCCCACUCCGUUAUCCAGUGGAAGGUUACCACCCCUUGCAAGAUCCUCCAGUUGCAGACCUAGUGAAGGCUCGAAAGCUGUUAGGCUACUUGAAGAAUGUGAUCCAUAUCGGAAUAGAUGUGACGGAGGGGAAGCUGGUGGAGAAGGACACGUCCAUGUGGCAGCUGCAGGGAGAACCCACAGUGUUGAUUACAUUAGCCCACAUCUUCAACUAUUUCUCCCCUCUUAUGUGCAAGGUGUACCUGGUGGAAGAUGUGCUCAUGACCUUCCUGUUGAGCAUCCUUGAGCGAGGAGGGGCAGUGGAGGCCCAUCCCCUUAUUCAGCAGCUGCUGGAUCUGAUGUGGCUUCUUAUGGAGGAGUAUGAAGUGCAUGAGUGCCUCAAGCAGCUGUUGAUGUCCCUGCUGCGGGCUUACAGGUUUUCCCCCAUCAUCCCAGACCUAGGAUUGCAAAUUCACUACCUCCGGCUCACCAUUGCAGUCUUGAAGCAUGAGAAAUCCAGGAAAUACUUACUCAGCAAUGUUCUCUUCGAUGUGCUUCGUUCGGUUGUGUUCUUCUACAUUAAAAGCCCGCUGCGUGUGGAGGAGGCUGGUUUGCAGGAGCUCAUUCCCACCACGUGGUGGCCAAACCGCUUCACCAAGGAGGGCAAGGAGAGUAAGGAGGCGAAGGAGGAGAGUGCUGAGGAGAGACUGAGGCGGCGGGCAUAUGAAAGAGGCUGCCAGCGGCUCAAGAAACGCAUUGAAGUGGUGGAAGGUCUUCAGGUUCAGAUUCUGAAGCUGCUGCUGAACAACAAGGACAGAGGAGGGGGGGAAGCCUCCAGAUACAUAUUCCUAAACAAAUUCCGCAAGUUUCUUCAGGAAAAUGCUAGCAACAGAGGGAACUUGACUGUGUUGUGCCCGCCGGAGUACAUGGUGUGCUUCCUGCACCGGCUUAUCGCUGCCCUGCGUUUCUUCUGGGAUGGCCACAAGGCAAAGACCCCUGCUGCACUGAGCAGUGAAGAGGCAUAUGUCCCUCCUCAACUCUUCUAUAAUGGGAAGGUGGAUUAUUUUGACCUUCAGCGACUUGGAGGUCUCCUGUCUCAUCUAAAGAAGACUCUGAAAGAUGACCUGGCUGCAAAAGCCAAUGUCCUGAUUGACCCUGCGGAGCUGCAGGCAGUGACUAUGGAUGAUCUGGAUGAAGAUGAGGAAUCAGCAACAUCGGCAGCACAGUCUCAGCGUCCCUCUGCUGCCCUGGCCAUUGGUGGAGCUCUUGCCAGACCUGGCUGGCUCAGCUCCCCCACCCUGGGCCGUGCCAACCGCUUCCUCAGCACGGCGGCCGUCAGCCUGAUGAACCCGCGGCGGCCUCUUGGCACCCUGGAGAAGAUCAAAGUGCGCACGCUAAGUGUGGAGCAGCGGACAGAGGAGGACAUUGAAGGCAGCCAUGGAAAUGAGGGUCUCUUACUGGGCAGACCCCCAGAGGAGCCAGAACAGCCCAUCACAGAGAACUCCCUCCUGGAAGUCCUGGAUGGGAUAGUGAUGAUGUACAACCUCAGUGUCCACCAGCAGCUUGGGAAGAUGGUUGGUGUGUCAGAUGAUGUGAAUGAAUAUGCCAUGGCACUGAAAGACACAGAGGAAAAAAUCAGCCGCUGCCCAAAGAGGAGGAGAGACAUCCACGAGGAACUGCUGAAGAGCCAAAAGGUCUUCUCUGAGAAGCUCAAUCACCUAAGCCGACGCCUCGCUUGGAUAAACGUCACCAUUUAUUCAAAGGAGAAGAUGCAGGAUGUGUAUUGGCUGCUGCGAGUGUGCAUCCGCACCAUCGAGCAUGGCGACAGGACGGGCUCACUUUUCGCAUUCAUGCCAGAGUUCUACCUCAGCGUGGCUAUGAACAGCUACAGCGCACUCAAGAACUACUUCAGCCCUGUAAACAGCAUGGAGGAACUUCCAGGCUACGAAGAGACCCUGAUGCGCCUCGCUGCCAUCCUGGCCAAGCAUUUUGCUGACUCAAGGAUUGUGGGCACAGACAUCCGUGACUCCCUGAUGCAGGCGUUGGCCAGCUACGUCUGCUACCCCCACUCGCUGCGUGCUGUAGAGAGGAUCCCAGAAGACCAGCGGAUCUCCAUGAUGAAGAACCUCCUGGCUCCCUAUGAGCAGCGACCCUGGGCACAGACCAACUGGAUCCUUGUCAGGCUGUGGCGGGGCUGUGGCUUUGGGUACAGAUACACACGGCUUCCACACCUGCUGAAAACCAAGCCUGAGGAUGCCAGCCUCCCCAGCCUGCAGAAGCCGUGUCCCUCCACCUUGCUGCAGCGGCACAUGGCAGACCUGCUCCGCAGCGACCGCGACCUGGCCCCCAGCUUCCUCAACAGCGUCCUUAACCAGCUGAACUGGGCUUUCUCCGAGUUCAUCGGCAUGAUUCAGGAGAUCCAACAGGCAGCAGAGCGCUUGGAGAGGAACUUUGUGGACAGCCGCCAGCUGAAAGUGUGUGCUACCUGCUUUGACCUGUCAGUAAGCUUGCUCAGGGUGCUGGAAAUGACCGUUACGCUGGCACCGGAGAUCUUUCUCGACUGGAAUCGCCCAUCAUCAGAGCUGCUCCUUCGGAGGCUUGCCCAGCUCUUGAACCAGGUGCUGAACCGUGUGACAGCUGAAAGGAACUUGUUUGACAGAGUGGUCAACCUCCGUCUGCCGGGGCUGGAGAGCGUGGACCAUUACCCAAUCCUUGUGGCUGUGACGGGGAUACUGGUCCGGCUGCUUGUGGACACUGAUGUUCAGGGGGCCGAGCGAGCGACGGCGGUGCUGCUGGCGGACCCCUGCUUCCAGCUGCGCUCCAUCCAGUACCUGCUGGGCCACGCAGAGCCCUCAGCCCUGGCAGCUGCCGCCCCGGCCACAGACAAGCGCCAUUUCUCUCUGCACACCUACACCGAGUACAUCAGCACGGAGGAACUGGCAAAGGUGGACAAGAUGCUGAACCACUUGAGCGAGGAGUCCAAACAGGCAGCUGCCACCACUCUGCCCACCAGCGAGGAAGACCUGUGCCCCAUCUGCUACGCACACCCCAUCUCGGCCAUCUUCAGACCCUGCUCCCACAAAUCGUGCAAAGCCUGCAUCAACCAGCACCUGAUGAACAACAAGGACUGCUUCUUCUGCAAGGCCACCAUCACGGGGGUGGACGACUUCACCAAGCCAGCCAGCUCGUAGCACCCAGCCCCGCACCACGGGCUCCCCCAGCUGAGCAGGGUGGCCGCCCCCCGCCACACGCUGGCUUCUCCCCAAAUGUUUGCCCUGCCCAGGGCUGCGGGACCCUCGCCCAUAGAGCCAGGACCCAGCACAGGGCUGCAGCGUGGGGCAGGGGGCUGCAGGGAGGGAGAGGCUGGCGGCGAGGGGGGAGGCCCAAUGCCAGGCUCUGGGGCCGGCGUCCCCCUCACCCAGCGCCUGGGCCGCAGCAGCCUCUCUGCCCCACGGGCCAUUCUCAGGGAGGGAAGCCCGAGGCCUCAGCUCUGCGGCAGCACUGGGGCCGGGGCAGGGGGGCUGGGCUGGGCAUUCGGGCUGUUAACUUGCCCCUGGCUGGGGGCUGACUUCAUGAAAUGCAGCAUUAAAUUAUUCUUCCUUA